UUUCCAUUAUCUUUUGGUUUUCAUGCUGUCAGAACAGAACUGCUAUCCUUCUACACUACUACUCAAACACUCCCUGCUUGAGGAAUGAAUACUGAAUAAAUGAAGACUACCGUUAAUCUAUUAGGGAUACUAUGUAAUUCACUAUUAACAGAAUCAAGUACUCACAUCAUGGUGGUUAGCUAGCGAUAGCUACGAAGCUAGGUUACUUGGACAAUCCUUUCAACUUGCCUGCUGACAGGUUAGCUUACGACAGCUAACUUCGCUAUGUGAACUAACUAAGCCAGGAAAGUGGCGAUAAAGAAACUCCCUGCAACUCUCUGGUGUUGCAGGUUGCUCUCAUGGUCCCAUGGAGAAAGCAGCCUUCGAGAGGUGGCUGGAGUCAGUCUCUGCCACUUUCCUUACUCUGAACGACCAGCAGCGCAACCAGUCUCUGGACCACCUCAUUUCUCAAAGCGGUGCCGUCCAGCUCCGUCAUCUGUCUAAUGGGCUGGAGACGCUGCUCAAGCGCGACUUCCUGCGCCUCCUCCCCCUGGAGCUGGCCUUCUACCUGAUGCAAUGGUUGGAUCCUGAGACCCUGCUCACCUGCUGCCUGGUCUGCAAACAGUGGAACAAGGUGAUCAACUCGUGCACCGAGGUGUGGCAGGGUGUGUGUCGGGAGCUGGGCUGGAGGAUCGAUGAGAACAUUCAGGACGCGCCACACUGGAAGGCGGUCUACCUGAAGGCCAAACUGCGUAGGGUGCAGCUGCAGGAUCAGGAGGCCUUCGAGACGUCGUCCCUCAUUGGCCACAGCGCUCGAGUAUACGCCCUCUACUACAAGGACGGCCUCCUCUGCACAGGUACUGUACACCAGGGAUUCUCAAAGUGGUCCGCGUCAUGAUUUCCUACGUGCUGUAUCAUGAAGAAGUCCAUAUCUAAAGAUCAGGACCGUCGUUUCCAUCACUCCCACCCAUGAUCGCUUAUGAUGUUAUGACUGUGACACAUCACUUCACUCGCUCUAAUAUACAUGUAGAUAGUCCAGUCCAAAUUACGUCCACGAAAUCCAACAUGGCUGACUUCCUGUUGGUCAAAAUAGAAGUAUGUUAUGCGUAUGUAAAAUGUGUUCAUUGAUGAGAGCAAUGAUCCCAUCAAAUACCGUGAACAUAAAAGAAAAUCACUAACGUAUGACAUCACUAACGUAUGACAUCACUAACGUAUGACAUCGCUACCGUUACCUGACGGCUGCUCCACAAACAGACUGAUGGCUUGUUGGUCACAUCUUGUGAUAAAGUUACUUGUGAGGGUUUUAUUGUGUUUGAGACGAUCAGAGUUCUACAAUGUUUCCUUCUCUCUGCCAUGAUGUGAGUCUCACGCUGCACUGAGCCCGAGACAGGCCCUGAUGUAAAUGCAUCUACUGGUUUGGGAAUGUUAAAUUCAAAUAGUUGACUUACAUCUGAAGCAUUCUUCUGUUCUUGUGCGUUUGGUUUGCCGUGGCAGUGAAGGGAUGCUGCACCACAAACAGAUGUCACGAGAAGUCUGUUCUCAGCUCAAAGUCGAAGACACUUUUCCAACAUUCGCCUCAUUUGAAUGGACCUCUCUCUCUUGUGCACCGUGCACCGUGCACUCUGCACUGGACCCCAAAAUACCACACAGAUGAGCAGAGCCAUGGUUACUCCACGAUGCCUCAACAUGAACAGAGACCUAAUCAGCUAGCAGCACCAGUGUGGGUGUUUUAACGUGCUACUUAACUUUCUUAAUCGCUGGAACCUUCCCACUUACAUAUGGACACAUCGGGUCUUAGUCAUUGGUUAUCACUCUGGUGCUGUCAGGCACAGCGCUGUCUGAAGUUGGACUGUUUCUCUGUUCUAUACUACAUACUAACUGCAUACACAAUCCAUAUCUACUGUAUAUACUAAUAUAGAUAGGCUUGUUGUUUUGAUGGAUAUGUUGCAGCUGUGAGCAGCUCCUCCAUUCCCUUUAGAGACAAGGCUGUCCAUCAGCAGCACAUAAGGACAGUUUAGAGUCUACUUCAUUGUGUCACUGGUUCCAGUGUGAGCACACUACAGACUCAAAGCCUGCAGAGAAUCAGUGCGAGGUUACACUUACAGAAUGGAGUUAUUCAAAACACAUCUGUGGAACUACACUACCCAGAAACAUGGGUAUACUUCCCUCACCACAAAACCAAGUGAAGGAGGGUCGGCUAAUACGCAAUGGGCCUCAUGUAGGAAGUGAUACAAGGAAACGGAACGUAUUUAUUGAAGGGAACAUAAAUGCUAAAUGGACUUGUACUUGUCAAAGAUCUAACACUACAUGUCAUCAUUCACACACAUUCACACUCUGAUGGCAGGGACCACCAUGCAAGGGGCCACCUGCCCACCAAGACUAACUAACCAUUCACACACUGGAGGCACAGUGGUUUAAUUUCAAUUUAAGUUAUUUAAAUUAAGAUUAUUAUGUAAUUAUAAUGGUUGGAUUAUUAAAGAAAUAAUAUUGGUCCAUUGAUCCAAAUCAAGACUAUGUAAACCGUUGAUAGUGGUGCGUUCAGCUUCUGAAUGGCUUGCACACCGCUGCUGCUGCCUCCUGUAGCACCAGUACUGAGGCUCUAGAAGAUCUCAUUUACUUUAAGUUUAUUUUACAGUAGCUCAGUCUCAGCAUAUUCUUUUGCUAUCUCUCCAAUUGUUGGGCUUGUGUUAGAGUGCUAAUAAUGCUAACAAUAACCCAUCAGUCACACGCCUCCAAUUUAUCAUCAAGUGGGACCCAUGUCCCAGUGUGGGUCUGGAUGGAGUAUGAAGGAGGCAUGUCAGAGCUCAAGGAGGCGUGUCAGAGCUCAAGGAGGCGUG